UUUCAUACACAUAGCAUAACCAUGUCUUCGAUUCUGAGACUGUUGUCCUCAAAGUAAAAAUGUCAUGCUCAGGUUGUUCUGGUGCAGUCAAUAGAGUUUUGGAAAAAAUGGAAGGUGUAGAAUCAUUUGAGAUUGAUAUGAAGGAACAAAAUGUGACUGUGAAAGGAAAUGUGAAGCCACAAGAUGUUUUUGACACUGUUUCCAAAACUGGAAAGAAAACUGAAUUCUGGGUGGAGCCUGGAAAUAAGCCCGUAGAAACUGCAACUGAAGUUGAACCUGAUAGCAAGCUUUCAGAAGCUACAGCUAUUGUCUCUGUUGAGCCUGAUAACAAGCCUUCAGAAAAUAUCACUGCUGUCUCUACUGAGCUAGAGAACAAGUCUUUUGAAACUGCCACUAUUGCUGCCUAAGACAAUUGUAGUUCCAUUUCUCUUAGAGAUUGCUGUGUUAGUGGUAUAUAAGUUACAAGUACUUUCUUAUGUUUUAAUUGACUAUAUACUAGUGUGCUUUAUAUUAGAAUUUAAGGCGUCACUACUUCUACUUGGCCAUUUUCUUAUCUCUUUAUGAUAUUCCUACUUCACACUGUACAAUCAUGUUCGUGUGUUUCAAUAAGAGGUUAUCUAUGGCUCACUCAACUUGGAAAUUUUA